AAACGAUUGCCGGUCAGCUCUCUCUUGCUCAGUUUCCUGCCAGAGUUCGAGGGGCCACGUUCGAUCAUGUCCGAUCUGCGGUGGUGCUGCUACCUGCUCGUGUUGCUGCUUCCCAGCUACCUGGAGGGUGCCCGCAUUCUGGCCCUAUUUCCCAUACCAAGUCCAUCGCAUUACUACUAUGCCUUGCCCUAUCUGAAGUCAUUGGCAUCGCAGGGCCAUCAGGUCACAUCUGUUAGUCCAUUCCCUCAAAAGGAGUCUGUCCAUAACUUCAGGGAUAUUCCAAUACCAGAAGUGCUUGAACAUUUUGAAGAGUUUCUUUUGACUGCUCUUCAAGCCUCGUCCCUUUGGGACUCCAAUAACAUUGCCCACGACUACUGUGUGAGUCUCACAAAGGCUGUGCUGAACAAUGACCAAGUGCGUCGCGAGAUACUCAAGCCAGGCAAGGCUCAGUUCGAUCUCGUUCUGGUGGAUCUUUGGCGGUUGGAUGCCCUCUACGGCCUGGCAGCCUAUUUCGAUGCCCCGCUCAUUGGCCUGGCACCCUACGGCACUGACUGGAAAAUCGAUGAAUUGGCGGGCAAUACCUCACCCAUUUCCUACCUCCAUUCGCCCACCUCCACGGCUGUGCUGCCAGAUCGGGACUCAUUCUACGGACGUUUAAGUGACUUUGUGGAGCGUUCAGUAUCCUGGAUCAACUGGAGGUGGAAAUAUCUGCCCAAACAUGAAGAAAUCUAUCGGAAAUACUUUAGCCAGCUGGCCGAUAAAGUUCCUUUGGCAAAGGUCACCAACAACUUUGCUUUGAUCUUGCUGAAUCAGCAUUUCGCAUUGGCUCCCCCGCGGCCAUAUGUUCCAAAUAUGAUUGAGGCCGCAGGACUGCAUAUUGAUGAUCAGCAGUCAGGGCAUCUGCCCAAGGACAUGGAGGACUUCGUGCAGGGUUCAGGCGAGGCGGGAGUGAUAUACUUCUCUUUGGGUACCCUUUUCCGGAGCAAAUCCUUGACUGAGGAUCAGCUAAAAGUGCUUCUGCAGACCUUUGCCAGUCUGCCGCAACGAGUGCUGUGGAAAUACGACGAUGACCAACUCCCGGGCAAGCCAGAGAAUGUCUUUAUCAGCAAAUGGUUUCCCCAGCAGGCUGUCCUGGCUCACCCCAAGGUAAAACUCUUCAUCACCCAUGGGGGCAUGCUCAGUACAGUUGAGAGCCUCCAUUAUGGCAAGCCCAUGCUGGGAUUGCCCUGUUUCUUCGAUCAGUUCCGCAAUAUGGAUCAUGUCCAGCGAACGGGCCUGGGCCUCGUCCUCAGGCUCCAAACAAUGACUGCCUCGGACUUGAACUCUGCUCUACGCCGCCUGCUCACCGAGGAGAGUUUUGCCCUCAAUGCGGAGGAAACAUCGGCUCGGUAUCGGGAUCAGCCCAUGACUGCUCUGGCCAAGGCCAACUGGUGGACGGAGUACAUCCUGCGGCACAAGGGAGCAGCACACAUGCGGGUGGCCGGCAGGCAGCUGGACUUUUUCACCUACAACAGCAUGGAUGUCAUUGGCACCCUACUGGCUGGUGCCCUACUGUUUAUCGUAGUCCUUGUGGCUCUGCUGUGGAAGCUGGCAUGCAUAGCUGGUUUGGGACAAUCUGGGAGGAAAAAGCAAAAGAAUCUGUAGGACAUUAAUUAUUGAUAAAAGGAUUAAGCUUUAUAAAUCUAUGGAAAAUGUAUUUUUGGCCUUAAAACAAAUGGAACUGUCUUUAAAAUUCCACAAACUGUGCAGAAAGUUAUGGAAUAAAUACAAAAUAAAUCAAAAAAUAAAUGGGUGAAUGGGUUCCACAGAAGAACAGAGGAGUCCCAUCUUUGCGAUUGAA